AUGAUGGACAGCACCAUGAUUAGCACCAUGGACAGCACCUUGGAUAGCACUGUGGACAGCACCAUGGACAGCACCUUGGAUAGCACUGUGGACAGCACCAUGGACAGCACCUUGGACAGCACCGUGGGCAUUUUCUUCAGCCUCAGCGUCUGUUUUGGUUCCCAGAGGAAAAUGAAGUGGAGUGUGUGCAGCUGCUUUGGAUCCUGUCUGUUCUUCAUCCUCAGACUCCCAGUUUCUACAGGACAGUCUCAUGUGAUUGGCUCACCUCAGCCAAUAGUAGCAUUAGCUGGUGAUGAUGUCGUUCUGCUGUGUCGCCUUGAACCAGCCGUCAGUGACUUUUCCGGGGCAGUGGAGUGGACCAAAGAGGGCCUGAGCCCUCCGUUUGUCCAUGUUCACAAAAGUGGUUGCCAGGUGGUCCAGAGCCAAAAUCCUCUGUAUAAGUACAGGACCGUCCUGUUUGUGGACGAGCUGAAGAACGGAAACGUCUCGCUGAAACUCUUCAGAGCGACAGUCUCUGAUGAGGGGACAUACUUAUGCUUCAUUCCCUCGAUUCGGAAAGGGGAUUUCAUCCAGCUCACUGUUGGACAGUCUCAUGUGAUUGGCUCACCUCAGCCAAUAGUAGCAUUAGCUGGUGAUGAUGUCGUUCUGCCGUGUCGCCUUGAACCAGCCAUCAGUGACUUUUCCGGGACAGUGGAGUGGACCAAAGAGGGCCUGAACCCUCCGUUCGUCCAUGUUCAUGAAAGCAGUGGCCAGGUGGUCCAGAGCCAAAAUCCUCUGUAUAAGUACAGGACCGUCCUGUUUGUGGAUGAGCUGAAGAACGGAAACGUCUCGCUGAAACUCUUUGGAGUGACAGUCUCUGAUGAGGGGACAUACUUAUGCUUCAUUCCCUCGAUUCGGAAAGGGGAUUUCAUCCAGCUCACUGUUGGUGCUGCCUCCUCUCCUGUCAUCAAUGUGACCAAAAGCAUCAGUGGAGUGACUUUAGAGUGUGAAAGUAAAGGCUGGUACCCAGAGCCUGAGCUGUUGUGGCUGGACGCUGAGGGAGAGCUCCUCUCUGCUGGAGCUCCAGAGACAGUCAGAGGUCCUCAUGGCCUCUAUACUGUCAGCAGCAGAGUGACUGUGGAGAGGAACCGCAGCGACACCUUCACCUGCAGGGUUCAGCAGCUCAGCAUCAACCAGAGCAGGGACGCACUCAUCCACGUCCCAGAUGAUUUCUUCAUGUGCACAUCUGCAGCUGUUGGUAUCUGCUCUGCUGUUUGUAUCACCACUGGCUUUGCCGUUGGCCUGUGUGUCCUUUUUGCUUUUAUGUGCAGACGAAGAAUAUGUGAUAUCAGCUUUAAAUUCACUCACCUGCUUAUCUUCGAGUCAAAGCAAGACCACAGUGUAGUCCUGGUCUGA